UCAUUUUUUUUUUAUUUGUAGAUUUAUUAGAUGAAUUUGAAGUUAAUUUAGUAACGAUUUAAACGUUGUGAUAAUAAGAAAAUUAACGAUUUUUUUUUGGGGCCAGCUAUAAGUAGUUUAAAUGUCGUGUUGGACUGGUUCUUGAGUUCGGAUUAAAUGAGCGCGUUAAACAAUUUUGUUGUUAGUAUCCCGAGCUCCGCGAAGCAAUCAAGAAGUUAACGACGAAGCGAUGUCUUUCUCUUUAUUUAAACACCGCGUACUACUGACCUUCUUCGCGGCCAGUUUUCAACAGAUUUUUGGUCAAGUUUUAAAUCCCCACGGACCACCACGAGUCGAUCAAAACCCCAUGUUUUUAGACUCCUUCGUUCCAGCAAGUUUGCAAUUAAUAUCCCACGUCACCGAAUUAAUGAAAUACGAAAUUCCCGCCACGGAAAUUACACCCACCGAAUCAGCGCCAUCUACAUCGUCUCAUCGCCCAGGAAUUUUCGCGCCCAACCCCGUUUUAAAUCCCCAAGAAUUAAUUUUGAAUAAACCACCAAGUUUUUAUUACAAAUUAUCGGGGGAAAAUCGCUAUCGAGGCUCGUAUUUGGGGAAUACUUACAAAAGUUGGGUCCAUUCGACGAGACAAACCGGAAGUAAAGCUAACAAAAGUGGAAACGGCGGCGGGGAGGAGUACUUUGGGGGCAUUCACAAAGAUUUGUACGAUAAAGUUAAUGGAAUCGGUGAGAUCGAUUCAGGAUUGAGCGAUCAAGAGAAAGUCGAACGAUUUUUGAAAGAUUACGACGAUUUUGAAAAUUUAAACGAGGAGAAUUCGAAUUUUUUGAGAAAAAAGAAACCUCCCCCACCGAAAGCUUACGUCUCAUUGUUAUCGUUAUAUGAUUCUUUGAAUAAGGAGGCGAAAAAAUUAGGAAUGAACAAAUAUGCGGGUUACACCACAAAUGUUUUAAAAGAUUUAACUGAAUUCUCCAAAGGAACCUCAUCGAAUCAAAUGAAACAAAUCUUCACGAAAAUCGUUGACCGAAGAGAAGUGCAGCAAGAAAAAGUUUUAACGACUUUAAAAACAAUCAUAAAAGACCUCGAUGAUCCGAAAAGUUACAUGAACGAUGCCCUAAGAUACAUCCCACCCUUAAAAUUUGAAUUUAGUACUUAACCAACAAAACAUAACCUCAAAAAAUAUUUUAAAUCCUUUUUUUUUUUGGUUG